AUGUCUUCUAUCUCUUUUCCGGGUGGCUCUGGUCUCUCCCUGGGACUCAAUGGAUACUGGGGUCAACUUGGAUCCGAUUCACUCAAGUCCUACUGUGAUUCCGCUCCAGAGUACGUUACUUUGUCUUUUGUGAACCAGGCUCCCGAACAUACAGAGUCAGGCUAUCCUGGUACCAACUUUGCCGGACACUGUGCGGCUGGUGUCUACAGUAACAAAAACGGCGUGGCCUCAUCACUCCUCAGUGAAUGCUACACUAUCAAAGAGGGCAUUCCAUACUGCCAGGAGCGCGGAGUCAAGGUUCUUCUGAGCAUUGGUGGAGUCUACAACGAAGCUGGAAGCAACUACAAGGUGACCACUGAUGACAAGGGCGUUGAUUUCGCAGACUUCCUGUACAAGGCAUUCGGUCCUUACGAUCAAAGCUGGGAUGGUCCUCGUCCUUUUGACAGUGACGAUGGCACAACCCGUCCUGCUGUCGAUGGUUUCGACUUUGAUAUCGAGCAUGACCUCCCCAACGGCCCUUAUAUCGCCAUGAUCAACGAGCUCCGCCGAUUGAACAGCGAUGUCAUCAUUACCGGCGCACCUCAGUGCCCUACCAGCAAUCAAUACUUCUACAUGAAAGACAUGAUCAACCAGGCCAAGUUCGACGCCCUCUUCAUUCAGUUCUACAACAACCCCGGCUGUGAUGCUAUCCCCGACCCUUCUGUCUCAUGGGAUAGAUUCAAUUACGAUGACUGGGAGGGCAUUGUUGAAAACAGUGCAUGUAGUCAGAACGCCAAGCUCUAUGUUGGCCUGCCUGCUAGCGAGGCUGCUGCUCCAGGCGGAGGUUAUCUUGAGCCGGAAGCCAUGAAGGAUCUCGUCUGUGCUCUCAAGGACAAGACUCACUUCGCUGGCAUCUCUCUCUGGGACUUGACUCGUGGUGCUGGUAACGAGAUUGACGGCAAGAACUAUAAUGAGCAUGUCAUGGAUGCCCUGAAGUAUGGCUGUGACCCUGUUCCUGUUACAACCACCACUGCCUUGGCCACUACCUCUGAGGCUACUUCUACUGCAGAACUUACUACAACAGCUGACACAACUACUGCCGAUGUUUCUACUACUACUGGUGUAACAACCACAUCCGGUGCCUCUUCAUCUGAUGUUUCUUCCACGGAAACUGCCACAACUAGUGGGUUGACGACUGCUGAUGCUACCACAGCCUCUGGUGUUUCUUCCACUGAAGGCUCUACAGCCAGCUCUGAUACCUCCGCGGCUACUGAUGUCACAUCAAUACUGGCUACCUCUGCUACAUCUGAUACUUCCUCAGCAACCGAGACAACUGAUAGCUCUGCCACAAAUGUUUCUGGUUCUGUCACCGACACUACCGCUUCUGAAUCAUCUGCCACAGCCACUGAUUCUUCCGCUGACACCACUGAGACAUCCGCAACUGGCAGUGUCUUGAGUACCGGUACUGCAUCUGCCACAGUCGAUGUCACAGCCACUAGUGACUCGUCUGCUAUCACUCAGGAUGCCGCGACCGCGACCUCGACCACUGAUGCCGUUCUCGAGAGUAACACAAUCACCGAAACUGCCAAGACAACGGACUCUGCCCAGGAAACCGAGUCUGCCACUGCUGAGACUACUUUCAGCACCUUCAAAGGCUGGAAUGCCACCUAUGGUGCUCCUUCUUAUACUCAGAAGUAUGGCAACCCUACGACCCUUAUCCCCUCUGGCACUGCAACUAUUACCAAGGGAUCGCCUGUUUACACCAAGUACCCCGAUAACACCCAUGCUGUCAGCAUGACCACCAGCACUGUCUGCACGACCCGAGUCCACACUGCUGUGGAUGGUUAUGUGGUCACCGAGACCAUCCCUCUGUACACCACUGUCUGCCCCGUUACUGGUAAGGCCAAGCCUACCAACUACGCUGUGCCCUCUCAGUACGAGACUAAGACUGUCUACACCACAAGGAUCCAAACCGUCACCAAGUGUCCUCCUGAAGUCGCAGACUGCCCCUAUGGAUCUGUUACCACAGAGACUAUCCCCGUCUACACCACGGUCUGCCCUGUGACAGAGAAGGGCAAGCCUGCUCCCACUGAUGUCCCUUACAACCAUGAGAUCAAGACUCUAUACACAAGCAGGGUCAACACCAUCAGCCAAUGUGCUCCCGGUACUCCCGACUGUGUCGUCGGCGCCAUCACCACGGAGAUCGCUUCGUGGACCACGGCUACUGUGCCUGCGCAGCAAACUCAGCUCAUUAAGAUCUACAGGCCUGUGCCUGAGAUGCCCAAGGUUGCCACUAAGGAGGCUCAUUACAACGGCACAGUCUACACCAGUGUUGCUGUCCCUCCUGUUACGCUCAAGACAGCUGCUAAGCCUGGAGUUUUCGAGCAGGCUAAGCCCACGCAUCAGCAGUCUUCCGGUGCUGCCGCGCCUACUGGUGGCUACACAUCGGUACCGGUGUCGGCUCCAACCUAUGCUCCAGCUCCGAUCACUCCCGCUACUGCCGGAGCCUCUUCUCUCGCUGUUGGUUUGACAUUGAUGGCCGGUAUGGUGCUCUUCCAGGCGCUUGCGCUGUAG